GAAUAAAAGCCAAAAUGAGCACUCGAAAUCUACGUCAAAGGCAAAAUCCACAAAAUCCCAUUUCUGAUGAUCGGAGAAGAAACCCGAGCGAAACCGAAACACUAAAUGCAGCUUACCUAAAAACAAUGGACAUCCAAGCACAACAACUGGAACAGAAAAGAAGAAUAGCACCGAUUCAGGUUGUGCAGAAUAUAGAAUCAACAGUAGAAGGUCUAAAAACAGAUAUCUCCAACAUAAAAACAGAUAUCUCCAACAUAAAAACAGAUAUCUCCAGCAUUAAAACAGAUAUAUCAACGUUAAUAACGAAUACGACUCAAAUGAACAUA